GCGGCGGCGUCAGCAGGCGCACUGAGCAUGCUCAGAGGAACGGAGCCGUAGCCGGCAUUGCAGCGGGCUCCCGAGCGGCGCCUCGGCCCGUGUCCGCGCUGCUCCGCGGGGCCAUGGCCGGGCCCCAGGUGCUGAAGCACCGGCGCACCACGCUGGAGCGGGCCGAGAAGUUCCUCUGCGAGCACUGCUUCCUCGACUGCAACCUCCGGGGCAGACUCUUUGGGGACACCUGCCCCCUGGUGUCUCUCUCCUGCUUCCAGACCCCUCAGCGAAUCCCACAUGAUGAAGCUGUCAGACAAGAAUUCAGACCUGCAAAAGUUGGGGAUUCCUUUGGACCCACGUGGUGGACCUGCUGGUUUAAAGUGGAGCUUAGCAUCCCCAGAGAAUGGGCGGGGAAGGAAGUGCAUCUCCUGUGGGAAAGUGAUGGGGAAGGGAUGAUGUGGAGGGAUGCGCAGCCAGUCCAGACACAGGGUUUGACUAAAGAAGGGGAGAAGACCAGCUACAUCCUGACAGAAGGCCUCAAGGAAGCGGAGCCUCACAGUCUGACUGUCUACGUGGAAGUUGCUUGCAAUGGUCUCUUUGGGGCUGGAAAAGGCAGCCUGAUUGCACCUCCUGACCCUGACAAGAAGUUCACCCUGAACAAGGCGGAGCUUGUGGUCUUCAACAGGGAUGUCCAUGAGCUGCUGGUAGAUUUUGAGAUACUAGUGGACAUGGCCAAGUUCCUCGGGGAGGAAAACCAGCGGAGCUUCCAGACACUGUACGUGGCCAAUCAGAUGGUUAAUCUGCUUGAUGUCACGGACUCCUCUACCUUCCCUGCAGUGCACCAGCUCGCCUCUUCCAUCUUCAGCCAGAAGAAUGGAGAGAGCCAGCACACGAUCCACGCUAUGGGCCACUGCCAUAUCGAUUCUGCCUGGCUGUGGCCAUACGAGGAGUCUAUCCGCAAGUGUGCUCGCAGCUGGGUGACUGUCAUACGCCUGAUGGAGAAGAACCCAGAGUUCACGUUUGUCUGCUCACAGGCCCAGCAGUUUGAGUGGGUGAGGAACUGGUAUCCUGGGCUGUACGCUCAGAUUCAGGACUAUGCCAAAGAGGGACGGUUCAUACCUGUUGGUGGCACUUGGGUAGAAAUGGUAAGAUCACAGCAGCCCUUCUGCACCGCCCUCCGAGUCUUUUCUAUAACAGGGGUUCGGGAGAUCUGCACAGAAUUCCUCAGGGCUGCCAUUAUCUACCAGGAUGGGAAUCUUCCCAGUGGCGAAUCGAUGGUGCGUCAGUUCCUGCAGGGACAGCGGUUUUUCCAGCAGCAGUUUGGGAGGCUCUGCUCGGAGUUCUGGUUGCCAGACACUUUUGGAUACUCGGCCCAGCUGCCCCAGUUGAUGCGUGGUUGUGGGAUACGAUGGUUCCUCACUCAGAAACUCAGCUGGAACCUGGUGAACACCUUCCCGCACAGCACCUUUUUCUGGGAAGGCAUCGACGGCUCUCAAGUCCUGACCCAUUUCCCGCCUGGCAAUUCCUAUGAGCUAAAAGGUCGAGUGGAGGAGAUGCUGAAAACCGUGAACAACAACAGAGACAAAGGCCGUGUGAACCACAGCGCCGCUCUCUUUGGGUUUGGAGACGGAGGAGGUGGCCCGACCCAGAAGAUGCUGGACAGGCUGAAGAGAAUGAGAGACACAGAUGGGCUACCCAGGGUUCAGAUGUCCACACCUGACCGGUUUUUCUCUAUGCUGGAGAAGGAGAAGACCCAGCUGUUCACCUGGAUAGGAGAACUGUUCCUGGAGCUGCACAACGGCACUUAUACCACUCAGGCCCAGAUAAAGAAAGGGAAUCGGGAGUGCGAGCGGAUACUCCAUGAUGCUGAAGUACUGAGCAGUUUUGCUCUGACCCACAAAAAUACUUUCCAGUAUCCUUCUAUCAAACUGCAGCAUCUCUGGAGGCUGCUGCUCCUGAAUCAGUUCCAUGACGUGUUGCCGGGCAGCUGUAUCCAGCUAGUUGUGGAGGAUGCCAUGAGAUACUACACAGAAAUCCGUAGCGUGGGUGGUCUCCUCAUGAAAGAUGCUAUUCGGUCCUUGUUUGGAGAACUUUUGCCGACUGGUCCUGAGACAGCAGAAAGCCUCCUUGUUCUGAACACUUUGCCCUGGGAACGGACUGAAGUUGUCUCCAAGACUGGAGCAAAGACCUUAGCCCUGGUGAAGGUGCCUAGCAUGGGCUACUCUGCUGUGGAGGAUUCAUUAACACCCCCUCAUCCCGUGACGGUGACGAAACAGGCAGACGGCUCUGUGACCAUGGAGAAUGGGGUUAUCGCGACUCACCUGGACUCCAUGGGGCGUGUGGUAUCGCUUCGCUUAGUGCACUCGGGGAGAGAGUCAGUCCAGGAUGGUCACUGCGCCAACCUGUUUGUGAUAUUUGAUGACGUUCCCUUGUACUGGGAUGCUUGGGACGUGAUGGACUAUCACCUGGAAACCAGGAAGCCAAUCACAACCCUUCUGAAGCCUCUGGAGAUUGUCCUGGCUGGGGGCCUGCGUGGAAGUGUGAAAUUCUGUCUGCAGAUCAGUGAGCGGAGUGUCAUCACCCAAGAAGUCAUCCUGGAUGCCAUGUGUCCUUAUCUUCGAUUCCUGACCCAGGUUGACUGGAACGAGGCUCACCGAUUCCUGAAGGUGGAGUUCCCGUUGCGGGUUCGGAGCAUGAAUGCAACGUAUGAGAUUCAGUUUGGGCACCUGCAGAGGCCGACGCACUGGAACACGUCUUGGGAGUGGGCUCGGUUCGAGGUGUGGAGUCACAAGUGGAUGGACCUGUCUGAGCACGGCUUCGGGGUGGCACUGCUGAACAACUGCAAAUACGGCGCAUCAGUGCACAAGAAUGUGAUGAGCCUCUCGCUGCUGAGAGCACCAAAGUCACCGGAUGCCACUGCAGAUAUUGGAACCCAUCAGUUCACCUACGCCCUGAUGCCUCACAGGGGUUCCUUCCAGGAGGCGGGUGUGAUCCAUUAUGCCUACAACUUGAACUUCCCCCUGCACACCGGGCCAACUGUGUCAGCGCAUUGUCCAGCCUGGAGUGCCUUCUCUGUGCACUCACCAGCUGUUGUGCUAGAAACCGUCAAACAGGCUGAGGACAGGCUGGAUGGGCUGUUAGUCAGGCUGUAUGAGUCACAUGGCAGCACAGUGGUCACGUGGCUCCAGACCUCCUUUCCUGUGAAGGAAGCAAUCAGCUGUGACCUCCUGGAGCGGCCAGACCUGAACAGUCAUCUGCCACUGGAGGAGCAUGGCCUGAAGCUUUCUUUUACGCCGUUCCAAGUGCGCUCUGUCCUCUUGAUCUUGAGGCAGUAAGAGGACUACCCUGCUGGCAGCCCAGCCCCUAUCCCGGCACCAGGCAGAAAUCACCAUGCUUGGGGCAAUUCACUAGCUUUUCAAAUCAUGGACAUGUCGAUUCCAGCACCACAGCUACCCAAUGAGGGUAGUAAUGAGUUGCCCCUUUUCAGUGUGCGUCAAGGGGUGGUCUUGGGGCAGAGCACAGCUGCCUCUGGGCUCAAGUCAGCACUGAUUCUGAGUGUAAAUGCCUGACUGGUGGGCUACAGCCUUAGUAAUGCCGGGGCGGGGUGGGGAGAUCUUGAUUUGUGGGGGAGGAUCACAGAGCUGGUGUACUGGCUUAACCCACUAGUGAACAUCCUGAAUAGAAUCCUGUCCCUUUCAGGGGAGAGGUGCUGGGGCUUGAUAAUGGCAGAAUCGGUUCCUUUUACUGCAUGCCCUACAACUCUAACCGUCCUAUGCUUCCCUGGGUGGGGUUUUCUCCACAACACUAGCAGUGAGGCGCUUUACUGUUUCUGCAGACGUGGCUUCUUUGUGCCUAGUCUUUCUGUAAAAACUGAGCAUUAAACACUGAAUCACUUGCUGAGUAAAGUUCUGACUGUUUAACUCUUGCCUGUGGCAUCAGAAAUGGGGCCGCAGCCCUUCACUCAGACCAGUGCCCGGCAGCUAAUAAAAGCCCUAGUGAGGAGCCUAGAAAGCUUUGUGGCUCCUAAAGUCCUGUUUUUAGGCUCAACUGUAACCCUCAAAGCUCCUGUUCGGCUGCCGUCCAACUCUGCAGGCCUUUCAGGUUCUGCAGUAGGGGCUAGGUUUCUGCCUCUCUAUACUCAUGCUGUUGUCUCACUCGAGGUGUCCAUGGAACUGUCUCCUACCUACACCCCAGAGCGAGUGAGCCACAGCCUGGUGUUCCCCUAAAUCACAGGUGGGGCCAGUGGGCUGGGCUCAGAGGCUGCCUAGCUCCACAGGACAGCUGCGGGGGAGGGAAACUUCCCUUGUGAGCUGUAGCCUUGUGAUUAGAGUGCUGGGAGGAGACCCCUGGGUCAAGUCUCCCCACUGCUAGAUAAGAAGACGGGAUUUGUGCAGGGAUCUGCUGCCUCUCAGGUCAGGGGCCCUGAGCAUGGGAUAUUCUCAUGUAGUCUCCCUCAAUCUCUCCUAUUGAGGUUUUCACUUUAAUUAAAUAAUUGAAUAAUUAACAGGGCCAGAGAAAGUUAUAAUGACUCUGCCACCUCUCAGGUGAGUGCCCAAGCAGAUGCCUGUUCAAAUCCCUUCUCAGCUGGUAGAGGAGGGUCUUGAACCCCAUUUGUCCAUGCUCUUUUGUGGAAUUAGGCAGCUUCUGAGUACACUUACUGGAUUGGGCCCCGCUUAUGACUUAGGCAGCCGAACCCCUAUCUGCUCCUGGUUUGUGGAUUCCUUCCAAAGGUAGGUGCCUUCCACCAGCCCAGACUUAGGGGCUGAACUCAGAGAGAGGGGCAAGGCUUAGCACACUUCUCUUGCUGGCCUCUUCCAUUGACUCCCCACCUACCUUGCUGGCUUUAUGCAUUGUUCUCAAAGGCACCUGUCUCACCCCAUUCACUGUGAAGGCCCCUACCGCAGGGUUGUUCCUGUGAUUUUCUAGGUGUCUAAAAGUUAGGCAUUGUGGUGCUUCAGACCCUUUUGUGAAUUCAGGCCCUAGGGCUUUAAGUAUCAUUAUCCCCACUUGACAGUGGGAAACUGAGGCACGGAGCAGUGAUAUGGCUUGCCCAAGUAGUCUACUAGUUUGAAUCUAUCUUGAGCCCUAAGAGGUAACCUACCAGCUAGAAAAAUAUUAUUGCUACCAUAUUAGGCAUCUAUCUGGUGCUCAUCACCAGCGUGGAUGGAGAUGCUGGAAGUGGUGCAGUUUUCUAUAUCAUGCAAUAUUUAAAUGUUGGGCAUCCAAUCACAAAAAGAGCCACAGCUCAUAGAAAGGUGGUUUAAUUUUGACCAAACUUGGCAGAAAGCAUUGAAAUACAAUUGGUAAUGGAACUACAUACUCAAACCAACACUGGUUUGGAAAGAUUGGGAAAUAUUUAGUCCCCCCAGUGAUAUAUUUUAUACAUAUUCCUGGCUGUUUUGCCUUUGGUUAAAACAAAAGUCUGUGGUCACACAACAUUAUGAGUUUGUUUGUACCAUGUAUUACAUCAAAAUAUUUGUCAUUAUUUGUAAAAUGUACUAAUUUGAGAAAAGGUUUUCUGUCUGCUAUUUUUCUGAAGUUAUGCAGAUAAGACCCCCUACCCCUUAAUUACAAAACAUAUUUUGAUGUUAUCUGCUCAGCUGGAGACACACGUGAGGAAGGAACAUGGAAUGGAAUCUGUAAGGCAAAGACAGAGCGCGUAGCCUUAAAAUGUAGACUAUUGCAAACUAUAACCAUGGCUGUUAAAUGGUUAAGACAACAUUGGCAGGGCAAAUAACAGAAACAAAGAAAGAGUUAAAAGAAGCAGGGGAAGCCACAGAGCCCUGGAAUAUUCCCACUCUCCUAACAGGUCAGCAAGCAAUCCAGGAACAGAAUAAAACAUUGUGGAAACAGCUGUAAAAAAACCUACAAAAAAAAAGAGAUGUGCUGUGCUAUUAUAAAUAUUUGUGGUCAGCAGGCAUCAGGUAGCUACCCUGUGCCUGAAGAGUGGGAACAGGAAUGAAAAAAGGUAUCCCUAGGAAAAUUAAAAGAUGCAUUAACAGAUGGAGUUGUCCCAAAACAGUUAACUGAAGCAUAUAAGGGCACUCCUGCACUCCAUUUGGCAGACAGACAAAAGCAACAGACACUGGGACGGGGGGAGACAAAUUGAGAUUUUGCAAGAGCAGGUAACAACCCCCACUUUCAAAGCCCAGAUAAAAACCAGGGGUGCAAGUUCCCAACCGCUUUAACCCCUGCAGCCACGCUCCUUGCUCAUGGCUAAAAAUAUAACCACCUUUCUCAAAUAUUUUUACAUACCAGUUAAGUUUUCCUUUAUCUCCUUUCUCAGUUUGCUAAACUUGCUGCUGCUGCCAGUACCUUAAGAUAACUUUAUGGAGUUAAUUUCUCUUGGCUCAGGUCUCGCUACCUUCCUCGGUUGCUCUUCAUCCCCUCUUCCCCUUCCUCUCCUCACUUGGUCUCUCUCUCUCUCUCUGUUUUAAAAGUUAUAGGUUUUCCAGAAACCUCCAGAAAAAGAUUAAAACAACAAUCAAACAAAGAAAAAAACAAAGUAAACAUUUUACUUUAAAAAAAAUCCAGUAAAUUAAUAAUUUUAACCCUUCAGGAAUGCAGUUGCUGGAAUUACUCCUAACUUUCUUGAAUUAUGAUUGCCAAGCAACAGAAAUGCAGACUCUGCUUCUAAUCCUAACCACUCACUAAUAUUUGAAACAUGGGCUUUCCUUAUUACCACAUAGUAGAGUUUUAAAAUAAAGUUAAUAUAAAAUAAUGGAAAAUGUCUUGUUACUAAAUUAAUACAACAAUGUUUGCAAAUAUCAGUAUGAAUUAUUAUUUUUAUUAAAAAUAUUAAAUAAGGUAAUAACUUGCUUCUUUAAAUGGCUAACCAUUUUGUUUAAUUUUUUAUUUUUGUUUGUCUUAUCUUGCAUAGGUAUAAAUAAGAAUUCUGGCCAUUUGUUUUUAAUUGUAAAUUUGUCACGUAUGCUGUCCUGUGUUGUAUGUUGUGGGUGUAACAUCACUUUUUUUUUAAUUUUGUUGCAACAAAAGUCAAUUUUAUACCUUUAAAAAUAUAUAUAUAUAUAAAGUGGUGCCAUAUAAUAUUAAUACAAUUUUUUUAAAGUUCAAAAAGGUCUGUUACAAAUAUGUACAUAUAUUUCUGCCUCAACAAAUAAUGCAAUUAAAAACCAAAAGAAUUCUCUUUUAUUAAUCAGUUUUUUUAUUUUUUAUUCAAUGAAAGAGGAUAUCUCAGCAUUAAGAAGAUUGUGAGCAUCUAUUCUAGCAAUUAAGCAUUACAUUUAGUAUCAAAUAUUAGUAACGCACCUCAAAUAAAAAUUAGUAUCUCUACAAUUGCAAAAGUAUAGCUUGCGUUAUAAAAGACUCAGUCACCAUUACAUUGUAAACAAACUCGGUUGAUCUGUGUAUUAAAUUUGGAUUAAAAAAACCAGAAGAAAUGUAAAGCAAACAAACUUUAUUAUGUUAACUAACUAGCUGUUUAAAGUUGCAUCCCACAGACCAAAGACAUCAGUAUACAGUGAAGGAACCCCCAAGCAUU